AUGAUCCUAUACUCACUCUUCCUGGGCCUCCUGGCCCUAUACAUCGUUGGCUAUGUCCGGCGCCUAGUCACAUAUACUCGUCGUAUUCGACCGCUCAAGCUCCCAUACAUAGUGGCUCUAUUCUCCGACUCCGAUCUCCCCGUGAUCAUCCUGUACGGAUCGAACUCGGUCCGCUAUGCCAUCAACCACUGGCUCCCCGGGUGGUUAUCCGACCGACUGAACGAAGCGAAAAUCAUCAGCCGCUGGUCGGCCAAGGAUCGCAUGGCGAAGAGACUGGGCGGGGUGUUCUUCAGAGUCACCCCCAAAGGCCCCGUUGGCAAUGUGUCCGAUGCGUCGGUUACGUCUCAGAUCUUCGGUAAUCGGGGUGAUUUUCCGAAGCCGACGCAGCAGUAUGGUUGGUUUAAUGUCCUGGGUGCUUGGUUGGUUGAGGGUAAGGAGUGGCAGCAUCACCGUCGCCACACGGCCACCACGUUCAAUGAGAAGAACAACGCUCUGGUGUGGAAAGAGGCGAUUCACCAAACCACUCAAAUGAUCGAACAUUGGCAGGAGACUUCACCAACCGCGACCGAAAGAGACUUCCUGGUCGAGAGAACCAGAGAAGAUGGUCUCAAACUGACCUUGAAUAUCCUAUCGGGGGCGGGUUUCGGAGUCCCGAUCCCCUUUAAACCAGUGCAACAAGGCCGGGGCAGCGACUCGGAAGAUAUCUUCAAAGAUUCCAGCACUCCGCCAGCAGGCUUCGACUACACAUUCAGCGCCGCCAUAGCGUAUGUGAGCAUAAAAAUUAUCACCGUCAUCCUGGCGUACAAGAUGAUUCCUCGACGGCUCCCACGCCAGCUUGUUCCGUCGUUCCUCCGAGAAAAGAUAGCAGCAUACCGGGAUCUCGACGCGUAUCUGCAUAAGCUGGUUGUCAAGUCGAAAGCCAGCGUGCAACACUCAGACGAGAACGCGGGAAACCUGGUCCACGGCAUGCUUCUGUCUCAGAUGCGUGGGGAUCAGGACGGGGGCGAUAAAGGCCUGACCGAUGUAGAGAUCAUGGGAAACAUGUUUAUCUUCGCCAUCGCUGGACACGAAACAACCGCGACGACCUUCAGAUACGCCCUUCUGCUUUUGGCGCUCCACCAAGACGUCCAGGACUGGCUUUACGAAGGCGUCUUGGAAGCUACGCGUGACGAGCCCGUCGAAGUCAGCGAUUGGGAUCAUGACCGAUUGUUCCCUAAACUUAUCACUCCUUUAUGCGUCAUGCUGGAAACUCUCCGUCUCUACCCCCCUGUCAUAACCAUCCCCAAAUGGACCGGCUACUCACCCAGCACCAUCACCUACCACGGCCAAGACUACAUCAUUCCGCCCAAAACCAACAUCAACAUCAACGUCAACGUCCUCCACCUAUCCGAAGAAUACUGGGGGCCCGACGCCAAGCACUUCCACCCCCAACGAUGGGACGCCUCGAACCAGGACAGCUUUCUGGCAAAGAACGCCGACACGCCGGGUCUGGUCGCUGCCGGGCUAGAGCUCCCAACCAUCCAUCGACCAGUUCGCGGCGCGUACGUCCCAUUCAGCGACGGCGUGCGGGCCUGUCUCGGGAAGAAAUUCGCCCAGGUGGAAUUUGUAGCCGCGCUGGCUGUGAUCGUCAAGCAGUUUCGGGUGGAGCUGGCGGAGGAUAGUGUGGAGUUUCGGCGGAAUGCCGAGAGGGUGCUGGAAGGGGGGAUUUCGGUCUUGACGUUGGGGAUGGAAGAGAAUGUUCCACUGCGGCUUUGUAGGAGGUAG